GGAAAUCUCGCGAGAAGAGAGCGCGACGGCCGGAACUGAGAGAGGCACCGAGACUCCCGAAGGUACGGCGCGAUGGCAGAAGAUCUUGCAAAACAGCUGGCCGGCUACAAAGCCCAACUCCAGCAGGUCGAGGCGGCUCUAACGGCCAACGGCGAGAACGAGGAUUUACUGAAGCUGAAAAAAGAUUUACAGGAUGUUAUAGAAUUAACUAAAGACCUUCUCUCGUCACAACCCUCCGAAGCCCCUGAGAAUUCCGACGAUCCGGCAUCUUUUGGUGGCAGCCAUUCAUGGAAGGUUGGAGACAGAUGCAUGUCGGUCUGGAGUGACGAUGGACAGUGGUACGAAGCCGAGAUCGAGGAGAUAGACGAAGAGAACGGAACAGCCGCCAUCACUUUUAGCGGCUACGGCAACGCAGAAGUAACGUCCCUGCUUAACCUGAGACCCGCGGAGGAAGGGAGGAAGAGCAAAGAGGACAGCGGGAGUCUCCCAAUGUCAAAGAAAGAACUGAUCGCCCAUCAGAGAGAAUAUAAAAAGAAGAAAGCACUUAAAAAGGCUCAGAGAAUAAAGGAGCUCGAACAGGAGCGGGAAGAUCAGAAAUCCAAGUGGCAGCAGUUUAACAACAAAGCGUAUUCCAAGAACAAGAAAGGACAGGUGAAGAGAAGUAUUUUCGCCUCUCCCGAGAGCGUGACCGGGAAGGUCGGAGUCGGCACGUGUGGCAUUGCAGACAAACCAAUGACACAAUAUCAAGAUACUUCCAAAUACAACGUCAGACACCUUAUGCCCCAAUAACCAGCCGCGGAGCGGAAGGAAUCAAAUCUCAUCUCUGCAGGGGCUCUACGUUUCUUUUAUCAUUCUAUUUUUCUAUAAUUAAAUUAUUUGCUGUCAUAUGAGGAAUA